AUGCGAGCCGCAGCUCUGAUUCCGCUGGCAGCCUUACUGGCGCUGGCUUCUGCGCGCUCUGAUCACGAUUUUGAGUUCGACGAUACCCCGGAGGCGGAGUCACGGCGGCCGCGUCGGUACAUCUACGACCCGCACAGCGAAGUGUGCAGAUCGCUGGUGUGCAAGAAGCGCGAGGUUUGUCUGCUGCGAGACUCGUAUACUGCCUUCUGCGCCAAUAAGAAGGAUGUCCUGCGUCGCGGAGACGUCAUAGUGUCGGCGGUGGGCACGGGCAGCGGGCCCGACGAUGAGGACGUCUUCUACGAGUCGCGCGCCCUGCCCGACCAGCCCGAAGUGCUCGACUUUCCGGUACCUUCUGUCAAAAACGAAAGGUGCGUUGGCUGCUCGGGCGUCUCUCGCGGAGGCUUCCUAUGCGGCUCCGACAACCGCACGUACUCCUCGCUCUGUCGACUCGACCUACACAACUGCGUGCACCGUCCGCGCCCUUCCGUGCGCCUCGCUUGCGCCGGCUUCUGUCCCUGCCCUCACCGCAGCAGCGAUGAGACCGCGCGUAUCCCCGUUCCGCGCCCGCAUCGCACGCGUACACGCUCCGACGAGCAGGAGCGGCGACGGAGACGACUCGAGGUGCGUACCAACGAGGUGAUGUUGCCGCGACGUCGACCCUCUGCACCUCCGCAGACUUGCGCGCUCGACAAGAUGGCCGACCGUCUUCUCGACUGGUUUUCCGUCCUGAUGGAACAGGCGGGUGCGACGCCGCCGCCGCCGCGCGGUUUCGGCGCCGACUGCAAGCCUGAAGUGCGCUGGAUGUUCCGUCAUCUCGACUCUGCUGGCGACGGCCUAUUACAACCUGACGAUCUAUAUGCGCUGAGUCACGAUGAGCGCGAGCGAUGUCUACGUCCCUUUCUGGCGCGUUGCGGCCUCGGCGCGGGCGGAAUCGGUCGAGCGGCGUGGUGCGGCUGCCUGCGAGGCGCGUCGAGGCCCUGCGCUGCGUGGGCGCGAGCCGCCCGCGGCCGCGGCAGAGGCGCCUACGUGCCGGCCUGCGACGCCAGAGGCUUCUACCGCCCGCGCCAAUGCCACGCCGCGCUAGCCGUCUGCUGGUGCGUGGACGCGCACGGCCAGGAACUGCCCGGCUCGAGAACCAAAGGCGCGCCGUCGUGUCCAGGUGAAGUCGAGGAAGGUGAUGAGGGCGCCGAAGGAGCACCGGCAGACGACGAGGACGAGGGCGGUAGCGGCGAUCGAGAGCCCGAUUUGCGUGACUGA